AUCCUUUUGAUCAUGAUUGUUCCAGUACAAAAAGAAAAAAGAAGGUGAAAAAUGCAACUAAGCACUGGAUAUGUGAGAAGGUGAAGGACUGGCUCAUUGAAGAUGCAACUCUUGGUGCAGAUGAAUUGCGAAAGAAGCUUAAAGAACACUACAAGAUCAAAAUUCACUAUAAAAGAGUCUAUAUUGGUAAGCUGCUAGCUUUGAAACAGCUAUAUGGUGACUGGGAUAUAGCAGCUUCAAUAAUUUGUAUAGAUUUAAAUCACAAGUUGAAAGUUGUUGCCCCGGUAGCAUAGUGCAGAUCGAUCAUCAUACUAUAAAUGGUAACAUCGGGUUUAGAAGAAUAUUUGUUGCUUUUAAACCUUGCAUAGAGGGGUUCCGUGUUGGCUGUAGACCAUACUUGGCGGUGGACAGCACCUUCUUGACAGGCAGGUUCAAGGGGCAGCUAGCUAGUGCUACUGCUGUUGAUGACCAUAAUUGGAUGUAUCCGGUCUGUUUUGGAUUUUUUGACUCCGAAACUAAUGAGAACUGUAUCUGGUUCAUGCUGCUGCUUAGACAUGCCAUAGGAUCACCUCUAGGUUUAGCCAUAUGCACUGAUGCUGGGCAGACAAUGAUGACUGGGGUGAAGGAAGUGUUCCCGGAGGCAGAACAUCGAGAAUGUAUGUUUCACUUGGUGAGCAAUUUCAAGAAGAAGUUUCAUGGGAAUGUGUUUGAUGACCACCUUUGGGCUGCUACAUACUCAUGGAACCCGUAUGUAUUCGACAAACAUUGGGUUGCAAUGGAGGAAAUAAAGCCAGCCGCAACUGCAUAUAUAAGGAAGUGGCACAAUAGGUUGUGGACCAGGAGUCAAUUUUCUACCUUGUGCAAGGUGGACUAUGUAACCAACAACUUGGUGGAGUGCUUUAAUAAUUGGAUUAAGCACUACAAAUCAUUGAACUUAGAUGAUUUCAUGGACAAGGCAAGACAGCUUAUUAUGAUAAUGUGGAACCGAAGAAGAAAAGUAGCAAAGAAGUUAGAUGCUUUGGUUCUGCCUCACCUCAUGAAAAGGCUAAAUGCAAUGACCAGAGAAUUAAACUUGGAGGUGGUAGAAAGCUCAGAAAUAUUGGCUGAAGUGACUGCAUUGGGAGGUAGUGGUUUUAGGUUUGUUGUCAACUUGCAAGAGAGGACAUGUUCUUGCAGACAAUGGCAAGUUUCUGGCCUUCCUUGCAAACAUGCUCUUGCCUUCAUCACCUCACUAAGUGAUGCACACAUAAAGAACUAUGUCGACUCGUAUUACUCCGUUGACACAUUUAGAGCAGCUUAUGCCCAACUAAUCCCUGCUAUGCCCGACAAGAGUCAGUGGCCUAAAUCUGACCAUGGAUUCUUCAUGCAUCCACCAUUACUAAAGGCUACAGCUGGUAGGCCUAAAACUGAGAGGUACAAAGGUUGCGGCGACAAGAAAAGUAAAAGAGGCAAACAUUUGUGCCCUAUUUGCAAGGAUUAUGGGCAUCAUUGGCACAACUGUAAGAAGGGCAACCCGGAUGACAUUGCUGCAAUGAUGGCUGUUAGAGAACCACCAAAGAGGAAGAAAACGACCAUCAAAACAGCUGAAUCAUCCAUUGUGCCGUGCGACGAUGGAGCACCAACAAGGAUGUGUUUCCCACCAAGUAGCCUUAGCUUGGAAACUACAACAAAGAAAAAGGGAAAAGAAGCAAAAUCUAGUGCUUCUGCAUCAAAAAGGAAAAGCUUGGAGGGCACAAGUAGCAACAAGGGGAAAAAGGCUAAAUAUGAAUUUGGAGGAUCGAAGAGAUCAGAAACAUGCUCAAAUCAACUUGUGCCGCUUUCCAUCGAGCAAAAUAAGAAAGAGCAUGUUACAAAAAUUUAUGGUGCCAUUUGA